AUGAUCGAACAGCUCUCGGAGCUUGAGAGGCGCUCGGACCCCGUGGCCAUCGAGCUCGCCGGCGUGUGGACAUCCAGCUAUGCGGUGGUGGAGAGGGAGAUGAAGGCCGCGGCGAAAGAGGAGCGUCAGAGGAAGGUGGAGGAGGAACGCGAGAGGAAGAGGGAGGCCAAGGCUCAAGAGGCCGUCGCGAAGAAGGCUGACCUUGAGGAGAAGAAGGUCGAGAGGAUCUACAAGAAGCUCGAGGAAAAGGUUCUGCGAGAGCAAGCUCGCGAGAAAGAACGUCUGUCGCGGGCCCUUCGAAGGCUGUUCGAAGCCGAGGUGUCGAAGAGAAGAACCUUCGCCCGGCAGACCCUGCAGACCAGGGCCGACGCGGAAGGGAUGGCGGCCAUCCUGAGGGACGACGCCUGCGAAGGUCUGGAGUGUCGGACAGAAGAGCAACAAGCCGCCGAGGACCGAGACCACGACAUCCUUCAGGCCGCACUAGCCAGCGCUCGCGGAACAGUACCACGCGGCAGCGGCAGCUCUACCAAGGGCGCCAGCAGCUCUGCGUUGCCCAAGGCGGAGGCCGGCGCUUCGUCCACGUCCAGCGGCGGGGCGAGGCUCGGGGGGCAGGUGGUGCUGGAGGAGCUGGGCCUGUCUCAGCAGCAGGUCGCGAACCUGCUCCAGCUGUGGGACUUCUUGUACUGCUUCCGGGAGCCGCUGUCGGAGGCUGGGUUCACUCCCGCCCGCCCCCCAUCCCUCAAGCGCCUCGCGCAGGCUCUGCACGCCGUGGACGGCGUGUGCCGCGGCGAGGACAAGGAUGGACAGGACGAUGACUCGAGCAAGAGGAGGCGGGACGCGGUGGCGCUGCUGUCGGGCAUGGCGGCCGCCCUUGCCGGCCUUGCGACCCCAUCCGCGGUGAAGAGCCUCGGGAUGACCAACGUCGAGGCGGCAGACCCGCUUCUCAUCGGCGCUCUGCAUGGGCCUUUCGCGUGGGCGGAGAUGGCGAGGACGGCGCUUUCCCUGCACGCCCUGAGGGAGGUGGGUAGGGACGACAAGGACCUUCAGCCCCUGCUCCUUGGCGGGGGCGUCAAUCCCGUCAACAACAAGGACCCCAAAGCCAUGCUCACCGAAGCCGACAGGAAGACGGUGAAGCUAAUCCGCAUGCGGCUAGACCAGCGGUUCGAGGCGGCCGCAGCAAGGCAGGGCACGUCCGGACCAGCGACCCCCGCUGCCGCCAACGUCGCGACGGUGCACACUUGCCCUUACUCUUCGGCGGGAGCUCUCCGGACAAGGGUCUACACCCCCGGGCAGGCGUGGUGCGAGAGGGGAGACUGGCGGUUUCACCUGCUGAGCGUGACGGAGCUGGACCCGUACACUCCCCAGGACAAGGCGGCUAUCGUGAGAAACCUCCGGGCGGCUGUGCGUUUGCUCGACGCCGCCACAGAGGGGGCGCUGCCGAAUGAAAAAAUGAAGGACCAGGGGGGGGCGUCAGCGUCGAAGAACCAGCAGGAACCGCACUCUGCUGCGGUGGCGGCGGCGGCGGCAGCGGCGGCGGAAUCGAGGCACUAUUUCACGCUCAAGGCGAUCCUGGACCGAUCCCCGGAACGGUUCCCGCCCCCCGCGGGGACCGCGAUGAUGGCCGACGAGGCCCUCCUCCGGAAGGUGGACGUGGCCUCCUGCCACGCCGCCGCCCUGGCGAUCCUGUCCAGCCUCGAGGGCUCGGGCAUGCUCUCGCCUCCUUUCCCACCGCCAUCGCCGCGAUCGCUAUCGCCACUAUCGUCGAACGGCGCGGACGAGAAGGCCGGGAAGCGUCCCCGUGUUUCUUCCUGCGGCAAAGAGGAGACGGCUGGUUCUACGGUUGCCGGUGAUGGCGCCGCCGGCGACGAGGGAGGGGACGGCUGGCCGUCAUCCCCGGCUGCGAAACGCCCCAAAGUCUGCGAGGACGGUAGCAGCAGAGGCGAGAGCGACGACACCACCGCUAAAGCUGAUGACAAGACUAACGGCGCCGGAGCGGCAGAGAGUCCUUCCGUCGGGGCGGCGACGGCGGCGGCCGGAGGCAUGGACGAGGAGGAGGAGGAUGAUGAUGAUGACGAUGAUGAUGACGACGAUGACGAAGACGACGAGUGGAUGAGCAGGGGGCUGCGGAAAGGGGCGCCAGAGGUGCUGCAAAGGUGCUUCAAGAUCCUCGUGGCCCUCUCCACCCAGACGGGCUCCGUCUACUUCCUCCAGCCCAUGGACCCGGGCAAGUACAUGUCCUACUACGAGACGGUGGCGGAGCCCUUAGCCUUCGCCCAAGUGGCGCGGAGACUUCGGGCCGCCGCUAGGAGAAAGCACGGCAGUAGUAGUAGUAGUAGUGGUAGUGGUGGUGGUAGUGUGUCCUCGUCACCGCUCUCUUUCAAGCAGGCGGUCCGCGAGUUCGCUGCCGGUAUCCGGCACGUGUUUCUGAACGCGGCGGGUUACAACCCGCCGCUGACGUCACCGUGGCUGGCGGGGCGCAAGCUGUCCGCCGUGUUCGAGCGGCUGCUGCUGGACUGGGUUUUGGACCCGAAGCUUGCUGGAUCACCGCCCACCCCAAACCCCCUCCGGAACAGGCUCCUCCCGUUUCGGAGCUGGACGACGACCGGUGCAGCGUCUGCAGGCAGCCUCCAAAACUACCGGUGGACGAUGUUCGCAUCAUGUGUGACAGGCGCCGCGGCGGAGAAGCGGGAGACCGCCACCGAGGUCAGAGCGAGAGGUUUCAAGGGCUGGGGAGGCGGGGAGGAGGGGGAGGAGGGGCUGCUCCCCCCGGCCCUGAACCCCAAGGUCUCGCUCAAGGCUCGCCAGCUGCGGGGCAUCAACCCGGAGCUGGAGGGGGUGGUCCGCGCCCUGGCCGAGCUGGGGGAAGGGGGAGAGAGGAGGGGCAAGGAUGGCUGGUUGACGGUGCUCACUGCUCUCAUGCAGGAGGAGGAAGAAGAGGAGGAGGAAGAAGAGGAAGAAGAAGAAGAGGAGGAGGAGGAAGAGGAAGAGGAAGAAGAAGAGGAAGAGGAAUUGACAGACGAGGGCUUGGGGUUACAGGCCAAAGCUACCAAGCAGCCUGCGGCGGGCGGCAGCUCCAGCCGCAGCGGCAGCCCAACCUCCGCGGCAACCGCCGCCGCCGCCGCCGCCGGUGCCCCGGGCACGAUAAAGCUCAAGCUGGUCAUCGGCGGUGGCGACACCGGCGGUGGCGGCGGCCCGGCCACCGGGGACGGGGGGAGCUCCAACGGGAGAAGCGAUGAGGCGAAGGACGCCGGCUCUGAUCAGAGGCAGGAGCGGAGGCGGCAGCGGGAGGAGACCCUCGCCGCACAGACAGAGGCCAGGCGGAUGCUCAAAGACGCAAUCCCGUCCAUGGCGGAAGUCCCUUCGCCUCCGCCGAGCCCUUCCUCUGCUGCCUUGAGCAAGCGCGGCCGAGAAGAAGGUUCUGCGGAAGGUUCCGCAGAGCGUGAUCCCGCAGAUAGUGCACCCGGUAGUGGUGGUGGUGAAGGGGGAAAUCCCGCUUCUUCUCCCGUCAAGAAGGAGGAGGACGACGAGGGGCGCCGUGGCGACAGCGACGAGGGGGGGGGCGGGGGCGCGGCGAGCGAGGAGCGACGAGAGGCUGCUCGGUGCGCGUUCUGCGGCGAUCUGGAGCUGUCGCUGUGCUCUACCCUGGUGGAAGGCUCUACCUGGGAAGAGGCCCUGGAUCACCAGUUGCAGGCUCAGCCGGCGGCGAUCGCGGCCGCCGCCGCUACCGCCGAUGCUGUCGGCGACACGGUCCAAGCGGCCACCAAGCGCAGGAUAGCGGCCAUGGGGAUCCUCACGGCCCCCUCUUCCGCUGCCGCCGAUUUGGACCUCACCAGGUGCCAGUGGGUACCGGUCGACAAAAGCCUUCCAGACGCUGAACUCCGAGGUACGACUUGUUCUGAGGUCUCCACCGCGACCAGCGGGGGCGGCGGCGACGCGACUGCUAAUGGAGCGAAGGUGCAGGUCAUGCGGGGAAGCUUGACCGUGCACGAGGUGUGCGCCGAAGGGAUGCUCGGCCUGAGAGCCGCCGCGCGCAAGCGCGCGAGGGAGAAGGUUCGGAUGAAGGCCCUGACGCUGGCCGCGAUGAACCGGUGGGGGGGACGCAGCCUGCCUCUCGGGACGGAUCGAGCGGGACAGCAGUACCUGGUCUUCCCCGCCGACCCGCAGAGCGUGUACGUGCAGCCCACCACCGCGGACAAGCUGCAGGGCCUCAUGUCGCGGGGGCCGUCGAUUGGGAAUGACCACCGUGAUGACGGCGGCGGCGGUGGCGGUGAUGUGUGGAAGGUAUUUACCGGGAAGGAUGCGGUGGCGGGGCUGAUGCUCGGGCUGAGUCCCAGGUGUCCCAGGGGGGGGGGGGGGGGGGGGGGGCGUCUUCGCGGCGAUGGUUCUGCCGAACAGGUGGGGACGGCCGCCCGGGAAUGGGAGGCGUUGGUCAGGGAGGUACGGCACUCAUCCGGCGGCGACGGCGGCGGCGGCGGUGGCGCGACCGCCACGUCGGGGGGCUCCGCGAGCGCCUCGAGCAGUGGGGGGGGGGAGGCGUGGUACCUGGUGUCCUUCCGGGGCUGGAGUCGGAGGUUCGACAGGUGGGAGCGAGCCUCCGCCCUCUCGCCCUUGGCCGGCGGCGGCAAGGGUGACGCCACCGACGUUGAAGAGCCAGAAGAGGAGGAGGAGGAGGACGAAGAAAGAAUGUCGCCUUCCUCUGGUGGUGCAGGAAGGGGCACGGGGCCAGGGCUCCCGCCUCAAGACGACGAAUACCUACAGCCGAAGGUGCUGCAGGGCCUCGAGGCGAGCUACCAAAUGGACAAACCCGGCCGAGCGAGGGGCCUGCGGUGCAGCGUCCCGUCCUUCACGACCGCGGAGACGGAGAGCAGCGCACAGACCAGGGCCAAGGCCAUGAUCCUCACGAUCCAGGCGGCCUUGCCAAGCGGUGCGCGUCUCCGAGCAAGGGGUCGGUUCGACGGGGGUCUCCUCCAGCCGUGGAUCACGUACGUGCAGGAGGCCACGACGGCGCUUGAGCUCAUGGAGGCGUGGCUGCUGCUGGAGUCGUCCAUCAACCCGAGGUGGCUGGAGUCUUCCUCGAAGAGGCUGUUCAGCGUGCUUCCUUGCUACUCGCUGGCACUGCAGACCGCGACGUACGCUUCGGUGUGCCUGAGGGCCUGGGUGAUGGACCACUGUCUUCAGUACGGAAGGUCCAACGCUAACGUGGACGAUGCGGGCAUGUCGGAGAUCGCGUCGAACAUGCUGCCGCAUCAGCCCCCUGGACGGCGCAAGAAGACAUCUGUUGUCGACGAAGAGACGGGGGGGGUGGGGGGGUCACAAUCCGCGGUUCCCCCUUCGUCCGCUUCCGGGAGCCGCGGUGGCGGUGCGAGCAACAGUGCCUCGGCGUCGGCGACGACUCCUCCAUCCGGAAAAAGAGGCCGCCGAUUGACAAAGGUGGGGGACUUGAAAGGCGGCGGUGGAGGAGGAGGGAGUUCAUCGUCAUCAGGGAGGCGUGCAUCCCCGGGGCCGGCGGGAGACGACCCCUUCGCUGCCGAUGACGACGACGCUUCUCAACACAGCGGUCCUCCGUCCCCUUCUAGAUCAUCAGCCUCCAGUGUAGGGGGCGGGGACGGGGGCGGCGGCAGCGGCAGCGGCAGCGGAAGACGAGGACGGCCGGCCAAGAAACGCAAAGUGCGUUGAGACAAGACACAACG